UGAAUGCCAAACGAACUGUAGUUUACUUCACUCUAGUUCAGUCGUUACCGUAAACAUGGCGGCGAUGGAUGUUGAACCUCCGAAAAUGGAGCAAAAUCUGCGUACGCUGAAGCUGUCGGGGCACGUCGGGUUCGACAGCCUGCCAGACCAGCUGGUGAACAAGAGCGUGCAGAACGGCUUCGUCUUCAAUAUCCUGUGCAUCGGCGAGACAGGGCUGGGCAAGUCAACUCUCAUGGACUCGCUGUUCAACACCAACUUUGAGUCGGUUCCGAGUCCACAUAACCUGCCGACGGUGAAGCUUAAGGCUCAUACAUAUGAGCUGCAGGAAACCAAUGUUCGUCUCAAGCUGACAAUUUGCGACACGGUGGGCUACGGAGACCAGGUGAACAAGGAAGACAGCUUCAAGGCCGUGGUGGACCACCUGGACGCUCAGUUCGAGGCCUAUCUCCAGGAGGAACUAAAGAUCAAGCGCUCCUUGCCGGCGUACCACGACUCGCGCCUGCAUGUCUGCCUCUACUUCAUCUGCCCUACCGGUCACGGUCUGAAGUCCAUCGACCUGGUGUGCAUGAAGAAAUUGGAUACGAAGGUCAACAUCAUUCCCAUCAUCGCCAAGGCUGACACCAUCUCCAAGACGGAGCUGCAGAAAUUCAAGUCUAAGAUAAUGCAAGAGCUUCAAGCCAACGGCGUGGAGAUCUACGCGUUUCCCACCGACGACGAGUCCGUGGCCGAGGUCAACGGGUCGAUGAACUCUCAUAUACCCUUCGCUGUGGUCGGGUCUACGGACAUGGUCAAGAUUGGCAACAAGACGGUCAGAGCGAGGCAGUACCCUUGGGGCACCGUGCAAGUGGAGAACGAGUCCCACUGCGACUUCGUGAAGCUGCGCGAGAUGCUGAUCCGCACCAACAUGGAGGACAUGCGCGAGAAGACGCACGCGCGACACUACGAGUUGUAUCGGCGCCGGCGCCUGCAGCAGAUGGGCUUCAGCGACGUCGACGCCGACAACAAGCCGGUGUCAUUCCAGCAGACAUUCGAGCAGAAGCGCAGCGCGCACCUGGCCGAGCUGCAGCAGAAGGAGGACGAGAUGCGGCAGAUGUUCGUGCAGCGCGUCAAGGAGAAGGAGGCGGAGCUCAAGGAUGCCGAGCGGGAGUUGCACUCAAAGUUCGACAAGCUGAAGAAGGAUCAUACCGACGAAAAAAAGCGUCUAGAAGAACUCCGCAAGAAAAUCGAAGACGAGACCAUCGAGUUCAACCGGCGCAAGCAACAGACGGUGCAGUCCCACCACACGCUCACUCUUGGCAAAAGCAAGAAAAAGUAAACUCGCGCUGUUUCAUGUGCUC